AUGGAUCGUGAUUAUUCGUGUACUCAGUUGCCAGUUACAUUUUUUGCACGCUGGUUGUCAGGUUGCGAUAAGGAGGGUCUUGGGCAUUUCCAUACGAGUGUAGAGGAUAAGAAUAAAGAUGGUCCAGCAGAAGCAAAGCAAGUGGCUGAUGAUGGAGCUAGAAAAGAGGAUGAUGUUGAAAGCAAUGAAGACCUAUAUUACAUGCAGUCAGAGGAUGACGAGAUCAAGAUGGUUAAAACAGUGAACUUCUUCAAGUGCUACAAUCCUACAACCAGCACCCAAAGAUUGGAACUUCCAGCAGUGUUCAGGUUACAAUUACAAGGAGAUCUACCAGAGUCGGCAUUCCUUCGAGAUUGUUACACAAAUCUAUGGCCUAUAAAAAUGGCCAAAAUUGGGAAUGACUGUUUUUUUUGGGAUGGCUGGGAAAAAUUUGUUGAAGACAACUCUUUGGAAUCGGGAGACGUCCUUGUGUUCCAAUACGAUGGGGACAAUUUAUUUGAUGUCAAACUAUUAGGGUUGUCAGGUUGCGAUAAGGAGGGUCUUGGGCAUUUCCAUACGAGUGUAGAGGAUAAGAAUAAAGGUGGUCCAGCAGAAGCAAAGCAAGUGGCUGAUGCUGGAGCUAGAAAAGAGGAUGAUGUUGAAAGCAAUGAAGACCUAUAUUACAUGGAGUCAGAGGAUGACGGUGAGGAGGGUAUUCAUGACAGUGAUGACAAUGCCAAAGUUUACAAGGAGAUUAUGGAAGUCCAAGUUGAGGAUACUGAAGAUGAGGAUGACACUGAAAAAACUGAAUAUGCGACUCAAGAAGAUGGUGAAGCAGAUGCAGAACAAAUGGUUGAAGGUCGUCAAUGUCCUCUCAACUCUUAUGUUGCCUCUUUUGCAUGCUGUAAACAGAUAUCAAGAUGGUUAAAAGACAAUGAACUUCUUCAAGUGCUACAAUCCUACAACCAGCGCAAGCAGAUUGGAACUUCCAGCAGCGUUUAG